GGCACGAGGUCUUCAGUGUUCCAGGUCCGUUUUCUGCAGAAAUUUGCUGUAACUCGUGUAAAAGCAACGAACACGAUCGCAGGUUUGCAGUCUCCGCCUGCUUGGGGUAUGCUUUGGGCUUACCUCAAAGUGAAGUUCACGCCGGCUGUAUGAGAAGGACCCAACUGGACAGCUUCCCGAUAUGAUACAGAUUCUGAUUUACUGUCUUUACUUCUUUUUUGUUUUUCAAAGCGGACGCGCAGCGGACUCAGAGGAGCGCUUAAUGGAGCAGCUUCUGCAUGAGGACCACUACAACAAGCUGAUCCGACCGGCCAUCAACAGGACCGAGCGGGUCACCAUUAAGCUCCUGGUCUCCCUGGCGCAACUCAUCAGCGUGAACGAGAGAGAACAGAUCAUGACCACCAAUGUGUGGCUAACUCAGGACUGGGUCGAUUACAGACUGUCAUGGGACCCUUCCAAAUUCGAUGGAAUUGAUAAGCUGCGGAUUCCCUCUCGUCAUGUGUGGCUCCCUGAUAUAGUUCUGUAUAACAAUGCUGACGGUACCUACGAGGUGACUGUCUUUACGAAUGUAAUCGUCUCUUUCAACGGUAGUGUUUCUUGGCUUCCACCUGUAAUCUACAAGAGCGCCUGCAAGAUUGAGGUGAAGCACUUCCCCUUCGAUCAGCAGAACUGCACCCUCAAGUUCCGGUCCUGGACGUAUGACCAUACUGAGAUCGACCUGGUGCUCAAGAGCAAAGUGGCCAGCAUGGAUGACUUUACGCCUAGUGGCGAGUGGGACAUCUUGGCUCUGCCAGGAAGGCGGACAGUCAAUCCCGCAGACCCCACCUAUGUAGACGUUACGUAUGACUUCAUGAUCAAAAGGAAGCCCCUGUUCUACACCAUCAACCUCAUCAUCCCCUGUAUCCUCAUAACCUCACUCGCCAUCCUGGUCUUCUACUUGCCCUCUGACUGUGGAGAGAAGAUGACCCUCUGCAUCUCCGUGCUGCUGGCCCUCACCGUCUUCCUGCUGCUCAUCUCCAAGAUCGUCCCCCCAACCUCCCUGGAUGUGCCCCUGAUUGGCAAGUACCUGAUGUUCACGAUGGUCCUGGUGACCUUCUCCAUAAUCACGAGUGUGUGUGUGCUUAACGUGCACCACCGCUCCCCCAGCACACACACCAUGCCCUCAUGGGUCCAGCUGCUCUUCCUGGUCAAGCUCCCUGCUUUGCUUUUCAUGAGGCGUCCGGAGAACUUCUCGGCCCGACAGCGUUUCCGGCAGCAGCGGCAGCUCCGAGCGUCCAGGGCAGGGAUGAGCUGCUGUGCUGGUUCCCCCUCCAGCAUCUCCGCCUCCACCCCUGCCUUACGCCACUCACGUACCCUGGGACAGCUUUACAGCAGAGCCCCUACAAGCCUCAGUCAGAAGCUGAGAAAGGGUGACAUGCGUUCAGUAGAGUUCCUGACCAAUAGGUUUGCUGACUCCCAGGACUGGGGACACGACCUACAGGAGGCUGUCCAGGGCGUGUGCUUUGUUGCAGAUCACAUGAUGGGUGCCGACAAUGACCAGAGUGUGAUUGAUGACUGGAAGUACGUGGCCAUGGUGGUGGACAGGUUGUUCCUCUGGAUCUUCGUCAUUGUUUGUGUGGUGGGAACCGUGGGCCUUUUCCUGCAGCCGCUCUUUCAGAACCAAACCCCUCCCAUGCAGCAAUCCAACAUGGAGAUGUCAAGAAGAGACCCCUUUUUAAUCUGAAAUGCUCCUGUUGCAGCAGUGAUCUUUUGAAGCUGGAAGUUCCGUCUACAAGCAAGAGGUCAUGAUUGUAAUUCAGGAAGCAGGAUUAAUGGGCAUGCCGUUAUAAUCCCAUUUACCCCAUAUAUGAGCAGCUUUCCGUCUCCAGGCUGGUGUUUGGCUGAAGUGCAUCUCUAGGGGCCAUUAUUUUGAAGGCUAAAUGGAAGGCAGCCAUGCUCUACAAAGGACUCUCUCAGUUUUACUUUAUGUAAUUAUCAUUCUCUCAUAAUUUUAUGAUGAUUCAUGUUUCUAUGUUGCUGAAUCUGCUUGUGACCAUGUUGCCGAGCUUUAUAACGUCUUUAAUCAGUGUGCCUCUCGAGAAAGCCAGGCAACUAAUUAGCUACGUGAAAAAGGUUCUUAAGUCAGAAUCAUAAGAAUAUUCCAAAUUGCCAAUAGUUUGACAAAUGGGAAGCAAAAUUAACUUGUUGCACCACAAAGUUGUGUAGUGUAUGAACGUUACACUUGGAAGAAUAACUACAAGGAGAAAAUUCAGGGAGAACACAAAUCAUCCAUUUCUAAUUUCUUUAAAAUACCGUAAUUAUGAUCGCAUGUCUGUUUGCGACCUUAAAAGUAAACAGAACAUCUGCCCCAGUUUUCGAAUGUAACACUCUUCACACAGCUAGUCUAGUUCAGUGACUGAAAUGCAUUUUCCUGGAGAUCAUUCCUCAAGUUUACGUAAUGCUGCAAAGCAAAUAUUUAAAAAUACAGUGAACAUUUAACUUUUUGCAUACUUAAUGUAGUUCUCUCUUGCGAUGUUUUCUUCUUCCCCCCCCCCAAAUCUGGCUUUAAAUAAACUAAUCAUUUGUAUGAGU